AUGACAGUGUCAUGUCAGCUGCAAUACUGGAGACUCUAUCUACUGGCCGUGGCGCUGGGGGUCGGUGGCUCCUUCCAGUACGGGAUCCAAGUGUCGGCCAUUGCUGCUCCAGCAGAGCACGUUAAAGCUUUUGUCAACCACACGUGGCUGCUGAGGUACCAAACUCCCAUAGAAGACUCCACCAACCAGCUCAUCUGGUCCUUCAUCGUGGCUGUGUUGAGUUUGGGGGCGUGGCUCGGCGCCGUCCACAGCGGCAGUCUGCCCGUCAAAUAUGGCCGGAAAAAAGCGCUGCUGUUCAACAACGUGGUGGCCGUCGUGGCCGCCUUGCUCAUGCUCUUCAGUCGCAUGGCCAAGUCUUUUGAGAUGAUUUUGCUCGGCCGCUUUCUCUUCGGAUACAAUGUUGGUCUUGGCGUGAGCGUGCAUCUCAUGUACUUGGGUGAAAGCUCUCCAAAGGAACUGAGAGGCGUCAUGACCCUCACCAGCUCCAUGUUUAUCGCUUUCGGGAAGGUUAUGGGUCAAAUCAUCGGAAUCAAGGAGAUAAUGGGCGCUGAGGAAAUGUGGCCCUUCCUCUUGGCCAUCAGCGGUGUUCCCGCCAUUGUGCAGUUUGUGGUGCUUUCUUUCUUCCCUGAAUCUCCUCGGUACCUUUACAUCGACAAAGGAGACUCUGAAGGUGGCAAGAAAGCAUUGCAGUGGCUGUGGCAGGAAGACGACUUGAAGCUGGAGCUGGAAGACAUGGAGAAGGAGCGUGAGGGCGUCCGAGGCGAGCCGGCUAAGACGGUGAAGGACGUGCUGACUCAUCGCUGUGUCAGGUGGCAGCUGCUGACUCUGACCAUCCCCUGUGCUGGCGUCCAGUUCUGUGGCAUCAAUGCGCUUUAUUUCUACGCCUUUGACAUCUUCCGGGAGUCAGGAGUGCCAGAGGAGCAGAUGCAUUACUUGGCGAUUGGGCUAGGAGCAAUGGAGCUCAUCACUGUGACGCUGUGUUGCUUCAUAAUAGACCGUGCUGGCCGGAAAAAGCUGAUGGGCUAUGGCUAUUUAAUGAUGGGGGUCACCAUGGCUCUUCUUACUGCCAUGCUGUCCAUCAAGGAUAUGUAUUCAUGGAUCCCGUAUUUGAACAUCGCCUUGAUUUUUUGUGUCAUCUGCAUGUAUGGAUUUGGGCCCUCUGGAGUGACUAUGGCUCUUCCCUCUGACCUCUUCCUGCAAGCAUGGCGUCCCGCCGCUUUCGUCAUCAGCGGCACCGUCAACUGGCUCAGCUUGUUCCUCGUGGGCAUGUGUUUCAGCUACGUGGUGGAGGGACUGGGCCAAUACUGCUUCCUGAUCUUUGUGGUCUAUUGCCUCUUUAGUUCGGCCUUCCUCAUCUGCUUGGUGCCAGAGACCAAAGGCAAGACAAUGGUGGAAAUUAUGGAGGACUUCAACAAACUCAAUUACAAGAACAGAGACAUUGAACUGGCCACUAAGUUGUAACAUCCGACCAAGUAUUUAUUGACUUGUUUCUGGAAUCAUGUAUGUCGUUACAGUGGAUCCCCACAUAUUCAUGAGUCAGCAUUCCAAAUCUUUCAUAUGUGGGAAAACCCAUCCAUGCUUUUCCUCUCCGAAAAACACAUCUCACUCCAUUCUUGAACACAAUACUGCAAUCUAUAUGUGGACUUGGGGUGCAAGGGGAGGGGCUAGAAUACAUCAUCAACUAAUUUGCGUAAUUGGCCACGACUUCAGCCAGAGUGGAGAUUUUCAAAAACUCAGUGUGUGGGCUAGUAAAAGUGAGAUUUUUGGUUGGUGUCAUAAGAAAUGAGCGACACUAUCUCAUGUUUUUAAACCUUGUUUAACAACUGGACAUGAAGUUAU